AUGGAAGACCAGCAAACAAAGAUCUAUGUGCCAGACCCAGAAGUAAGUUGGGUAGAGGCCACUAUUACAAAAGGCCACGUCGUGAGUGAAACGACUAUCGAGGUGAUGAUUGAGGGAGAUUUGGCCGAAGAGGACGCGUCCAAGCAGCCCGAAGCCGGUGUCGUCCGCACAAUCGACAAGUCCUUGAUGCUGUUGCAAAACGAGCUUACGUCAGAGGACGGCUGUGCGGACAUGGUGAGCCUAAACUAUCUACACGAGCCUGCCAUCCUAUUCAACCUAAAACACCGAUUUUUGCGACAAAUUCCUUACACAUAUACUGGUGCCAUUUGCAUUGCUGUUAAUCCAUAUUCUUGGCUUGAUAUUUAUACGAAAGAACUACAAGAACAAUAUAUGGAACGCGAUCGCAAUGAAUUGCCUCCCCAUGUUUAUGCUACGAGUGCUGGUGCUUUUCAGCACAUGCGUGUCUUUGGAGAAAAUCAAAGUAUUCUUGUAAGUGGAGAAUCGGGCGCUGGCAAGACCGAGACGACAAAAAUAUUAAUGUCCCACUUGGCUUCAGCGGGCAGUCAGUCUACAACAGAAGCUCAAGCCAAAGAGGCCAAUAUUAUUGAACGUGUGCUCGAUGCUAAUCCGCUCAUGGAAUCGUUUGGUAAUGCCAAGACAUCGCGAAAUGAUAAUUCGAGUCGAUUUGGGAAAUUUUCAGAAUUACAAUUUGAUCCACGUGGUCAAUUGAUUGGAGCUCGUUCUCGCACGUAUCUGCUGGAAAAAUCAAGAGUAUCGCUCCAAGGACUCGGCGAACGUAAUUAUCAUAUAUUUUAUCAAUUAUUGGCUGCUCCAGAGGAUGUCACAACGCAAGUUAAGGUUACAGGAUUGGAAGCCAAGGAUUUUCCAUUUAUUAGGCCACAUGAAGAAGAUUUAAGCAACGGCAUUGACGUGAAUGCUGGUAUGAAAGAUGCCAAGCGUUUUCAACAAACUGUGUCAUGUUUGGAAACUAUGGGAGUGUCGAAAGAGGAUCAACUGAGUAUUUUUAAGGUGGUUGCUGCGAUCUUACAUCUUUCUCGAUUACAAUUUGAGUCAACACCUGGCAAUGAUGAUGCGUCACAACUCACUGCUACACCUGAGAAUCAACACGUGAGUGAAGUCGUAUCACAAUUACUUGAAUUUGACGACAAUCAAUUGCACACUGCGCUUUGUACACGUGAAAUGACAGCUGUGGCUGAUACAUAUGAAGUGCCACUAAACGUCUCACAAGCAGAAGGAGCUCGUACGGCAUUGGGUGUCGCGUUAUAUUCACAAAUGUUUUCAUGGUUGAUUCACCGUGUUAAUAUGUCGACAAGUGCCACGCAUGCGACUGUGGCUCAUAAGAUCUGUAUAUUGGAUAUUUUUGGGUUUGAAAUCUUUGAAAAAAAUUCGUUUGAGCAAUUGUGUAUUAACUACGCGAAUGAAAAAUUGCAGCAAAAGUUUACACAAGAUGUAUUCAAGUCAAUACAACAAGAGUAUGAAGAUGAGGGAAUUCCGUGGACACGUAUUGAAUUUGCAGACAAUGUCAACGUUUUGACACUCUUGGAAGGUCGUUUUGGUGUCUUGGCGUUGUUAAAUGAAGAAUGUAUGCGUCCAAAAGGUAGUGAUGCAGCAUUUGCGAAUAAACUAAAGGCCCACUACAGUGAUAACGACCGAUUUGAAUGUCCACGCUUUGCUCGUGACGCUUUCGUGAUCAAACAUUAUGCUGGUCCUGUGCAAUACGACACUAACGGGUUUUUAAUCAAAAAUACGGAUGCACUGCAAAAUGAUUUAAUUUUAUUGAUAAAGAAAUCAAAAGCACCGUUCUUGAAGAAACUUUUUCCUGAAGAGCAUGUGGGUGAUGCGAUGACGGGAAUUCCUGGUACAAAUGCUAUUACUGCUGCCAACGAAUUGCACGGUCGUUCCGUCAUGAAGCGCAAAAAUUCGAUCGUUGCAGAUACGGUGGGUACGCAGUUUAAGAGUCAGCUAAAUGGUCUGAUGGAGGACAUUCGUCGUACAAACGUUCAUUAUAUCCGCUGCAUUAAGCCUAAUGGCAAGAAGAGUCCGUUGGUGUUUAAUAAACUUCGUGUAACGGAGCAGCUUCGAUGUGCUGGUGUAGUGGAAGCUGUGCGAAUCAGUCGGAUGGCGUUUCCUAAUCGUGUAAUGCAAACAAUGUUUCUUGAACGUUUUCGUGGUGUGGCGCUGACAGCAACGACAAAUGCACUUGCUGUGCUUACAGCCACUGAGAAUGAAAACAUAAGUAAUGACGAAAAGGUUGCUGCUGCUGUUCGUGAGCUCCUGACAAAUUUGAUGCCGGACAAGGAGAGCGAGUAUCAAAUUGGUAAGACACGAAUUUUCUUUCGCCAAGGUGCUCUAGAAGGACUAGAAGAGCUGCGUACGCGUAAAUUUAACGCCGCAGCUGUGGUGCUUCAGCGCUACGCGAAGAAAUGGAUGGCUAUGGCUGUCUUCCAAAAGAUAAAGGAAGCGGCACUUGUGGCGCAAAAGGUGUACCGUGGCCACCGUGCGAUGGUGCAGUACAAGAAGCAACGAAAAGCUGCAAUUAGCGUUCAGAAAUACGUACGCCGCCACCGUGCUCGCCAGUUGUUGGUGCAUAUGCGCGAGGAAUACCGUGCUACUCAGAUCCAGAACGUUUGCAAGAUGUUUGUGGCAAGGCGUAAGUACCAAGUGAAAGUGAAAGCGAUCCGGACGAUGCAAAGCGUUGUACGAAUGCAUCUGGCUGUCAAGGCCUUUUCCGGUCUGCAAAAGCAGGCAAGAGAAGACGCAAAACUUGAAAAUCAAAUUCAAUUGCUUAAAAAACGUCUGCAACAAGAGCGUGAGGCGCGAAUUGAACUCGAACAGCAAGCGCAGUACGGUAGCCGUGCUUCAGUUCACAUGCGUAGCGAAGAAGCUCUCGAAGAUGCUGAUUUCGUGAUUGAUCAACUGCGUCGUGAAAACGCCGCUUUGAAGGAAGCUAAUACAAACUUAAAGACAUAUGGUGUACAGCUACGUAAAGAGAAGGAAGUUAUGGAACGAGGUGCGUACGUGAACGGAGCAUCAUUUGCGGCUGCCAACCAGCGCGCUAUGAAGCUGCAGGAUGAAAAUGAGGCCUUGAAAAGUGAGCUUGCUCGAUACAAAACGGGCCAUCGCAACUUGAAGGCACAACAUGCUGGUGUGAUGGAGAAGAUCACGCUUAUGCAAAGUUCGCUGAGCGAGGCCCUUAAUGAACGUCAGACUCUUCGCCAUACGGUAGACCAUCUGAAGCAACACACUGAACACUUGCAGGGUGAAAACAUGGCGCUUGCCAAGGCAAAUGCUCGCCUUCGCCUGAUUUUGCGUCAAGAUCCCGAGUUAAGUCGAAAACAUCGCGAAGAAGUACCUCGCCUGACAAAGCUAGCGCUGUCAUCGAAGCAGCCACAGCAAAAAGUGACCGUCCAAAAAACAAGUGCCACUCCUUCCAAAGCUAUCGAGCUCUCGGAGCCCUCGAUGGGUAUGCGCGUGCCGCUCUCAACGUUGCAACCGCCUACGCCUCCCACGGAUAAUAGUGUUUCGGUCACUCAACAGUUAUCCCUGCCUAUCAAGCGUGCUAACUCGUUGUCUAGCAAAAAGUUUACUCAUGAGACGUCUAAGUCCUCUCGUGUGGUCAACAUUCGAGAGAUCCCCAGCGCCGGCCCGGAAGAGGAGCCAGCUGUCAAUGUUCUCUCUCCUACAGCUGAAAAUACGGGCGAACGUCUCUCGUUCGCAGAGGUCAUUAAAGGUCGAGAUCGACGCUCCUCUUCAAUAUCCAGUACGGGUUCAUCGUCGGAAACGUCAACAUCGCAAGCUAAUGCAAGUCCAGUCCUCACUUGUACGGCAAUCCGUCAGCCUACAGGUGAGGAUGGUCCGUUAGAAUCGCCAGCCAAAGUGAUCGGUAUUGUGUUGGAAGGUGAGCCUGAGGAUAGCAGUGACCGCGUGAGCUUUAGUGUGACACUUGGCAUCGAUAUGGUGGAGGAUGCAAAGCAGCAGCAACAACAGAACCAGCGUCUGUCGCUUACCGGAGGUAAUAUGGUUGUAAGACAAAGUACUUCGAACGGUACCGGAAAGUCAAAGAGCCGCGUACGUCGUGGCUCUUACGACCGUUCGGACAAUGAUAAUGGAAAUCGACGUAGUUUAUCAUCGCGGCAAUCGAUCACGGGCAGCGUGGAGGGAAAUCGCACUCGUCGUGGCUCUUACGACCGCAACGACUCGUAUGAUGGAAUGCGAAAUACUUCACUUAGACAGUCGCUUACGGGCGGCAACCACCACAAUGGCGGGAAUCGCGGGCGGGCUCGUCGCGGGUCGUACGAUCGGAACGGCUACAAGAGCCGCCAAACAAGUGAUACAAUGAGCAACGCCAGUAACAGUAGUGGUGGUGGAGGCAAGCGCAUUGAGCUUUAA